AUAUUUUUCAGAAAUUUUCUUAUGAGUUGGUUUUAUACUCGAAGUAGAAGAAUAUCAUUUUGCAGAGAAUUAUAUUUUCGCGCACUAAAUAUAAAUCGUGUUGCGAUUGACUGCGACAAUGCGGGCGUUGUAUAUGUUAAUACUUUUGACCGCUGUCGGAAGCGUUUUUGGAAGAACACUUGUUGAAGCAAAACCAUAUGAAGUCGGAAGAGAUGUUGGGAAUCCUUCCUCUAGCAGAGAUAAAAAUAGAGGAUGGAAUAAUAUAGAAAGAAACGAUGAUAACAACAACUACGACGACAUCAACAACCAAAACAGCGGUGGCAAGGAAAUUGGUGAUUUUUGGUCAGACAGAGAAGCUAAAGUUAGCGUACUGAAUAAUAUGGAAGAAAAGAAUUACGAAAACGUCAAACACGACUACAACGACGACGACGACGGCGAUGAUGACGACGACGACGACGACGACGACGACAAUAGUAAUUUUUGGUCUAGCAGAGAUCCCAAAAAUAGUUUACGAAAUAAUAUAGAAGAAAAUGAUAAUGACAACAACAAACUCGAUCACUAUGAAGACAAUGAGGAAGAUGACGGCGGCGACGAUGAAGAAAACGAAGACAAUGAAGAUAAUGAAGACAAUGAAGAGAACGACAACAAUAUUUUUUUAGAACUUAUACAAAUGGUCAUCAAUCGUUUGAUGGAGAUUAUAGAAGAUACCUUUUGUGAAAUACCUAUAUUCAACAUCAUUUGUAACGACAUGAAUAUAAAACGAAAGGCGAAAUUGUAUGUAAAUUAUAACUUUUAAACGGUAAACAUCUGCAUUUUAAAUGAUC